AUGUCUCUCCACACCUCCUAUCACGACGCAGACUCCGAUGCUGAUGACGAGUAUGAGCGCAGCGUGUUUACAUCCCCGCACCUUCAAACAGACUCUGAGGCUUCUCCUAUUGACUCCGAUAUUCCUUCGUCCGAACAUACCCCGACGAAAUUCGGCUACCCUGGCGACGUCCCCCGCACUCCCCGGGCAAUUAUCUCCGAAUGGACAGCAGAUGAAUGUUCAGAAUUCAUGACAUCUCUAGGGUUACUGCAGUACUGUGGAAUAUUUCGAGAAAAUGGAAUUGUAGGAGAGGCACUCAUCGCAUUGAGGCACGAUGAGCUGAAAGAAAUGGGAAUCACCAGCGUGGGCCAUCGUUUAACAAUUCUUAAGAGUGUCUACGAAAUCAAAGUCAGACAGAACGUUCCUCUCGACGUCGAUCAUUAUAUCCCACUCUCGGCGGAUCAGAGCAUGAAUGAAAACGCCACACAGGAAGAUAUCGCGCGUUUAAUUCAUUCCAUUCAGAUUCGAGACCAGAAAAUCUAUUCAGUCGAGGGAGAGCUGCGUCGACUUGCGGACGAGUACCGGCGACUACGAGAAGAGAUUCUUCCCAUGAUUAAGAUGGCCAAAGACCGAUCACAACCAUUACCCCCUCCUUCCACAACGGAAACUCACAGGGACAAUCACCAUGAUAGCGCUACUCUCGUAUCACCUUCUCAAAUCACCCUCACAGACAAUCACUCUUCAUCGAAACUGGUCAGAGCCUUCUCCAAGCGCGCCUACGGUGGAGCCACCCCUAAAAACAACUCACCAACAUAUAUCCCACCUUCCGUUUAUGAAGGUAGGCACUACCAUGAUGGAAACCUUGAUCCGUCUUCUGCGGCCCUGGCUGCCUCUUCCCACUUGACCGCUUCGAUGAACAGUGGUUUACAACAUUCUCCAGGCGUCCCGUCACCAACCUCCCCGAAUGCGCAUACCACCCAACACCAAACCCUCAACUCUCGAUCCUACUCCCAACCUAAUUCCACUGCCAGUCGCAUGAUGCAUGACCAUCCCGAGGAAACCCCAAGAGCGUCAUCUCGAGUAGACCGACACACGCCCAGUCAACCGCCUUCUGCUCGAACGGAAACCCCGUCCUCUGCCUCGCGAGUUGAUCCUCGAUCUGGCGCUGGUGCUGGCGCUGGUCCUGCAAGUGUGGAGAUAUUCAAAUCAUUCCGCGUCUCCUGGGAAGACCCUUGUUAUAAAGUUCUGCCUGCUGCACUGAGGAAGUACAAUAUUCACCACGACCCCAAAGAUUACGCACUUUACAUUGUCUAUGGUGACCAAGAACGAUGCCUAGGAUUGGAUGAGAAACCACUCUUACUCUUUAAGCAACUUGAGAGAGAGGGUCGGAAGCCGAUGUUUAUGUUGCGAAAAAUUCACCCUGACAAUCCUUAUACAGCGGCUCCAGGCUCGGCUCCCAACAGUGCCGGGUUUGAAGGUGGGAGAUCGGGACAGAUCAAUCUACCAGGAGGCGUUCUGUAA